UACAAUAAUAAAAGUAAAAUGAGAAGAGAGAGUGUGAGGUUGUUAGUGAGGAGCAGCAAAUCUUUGUUUGGUCCAAACUCCAAACAGUCACUUGUCUACUCUACUGCUACCCAGGAUCCGAGGAAAAUUCUGAUGGAGAAAAAUGGGAACAUGACAAAAGAAAUUGAGAGAAAAAUCACUCGUGUUUUAUUUUGUGGACAUCAGUUCCCAGGUUCUCAUCUAUAUACAACAGAGUAUUUGCAGAAUCAUUCAUUUAUCAAGGUUGAUGUUCUCCCUUUGGAAGAAGUGCCGAAGGCUAUUGCGAACUAUCAUGUUUGCAUAGUAAAAAUGAUGAAGCUAGAUUCAAACUUAAUUUCUCGUGCAGUUCAGAUGCAGCUUAUAAUGCAGUAUGGUGUAGGGCUGGAAGGUGUUGACAUCGAUGCUGCAACAAAGCAUGGAAUCAAAGUUGCUAGGAUUCCUGGUGAUGUUACCGGAAAUGCAGCUUCUUGUGCUGAAAUGGCCAUAUAUCUAACAUUGGGUCUCCUCCGUAAGCAAAAUGAAAUGGCGAUUGCCAUACAACAAAGGAAGCUUGGAGAGCCUACCGGUGAUGCUUUAUUUGGGAAAACUGUAUUCAUUUUGGGCUUCGGUAGCAUUGGAGUUGAUUUAGCACGGCGAUUGAAACCAUUUGGCGUAAAAGUUAUUGCUACAAAGCGGAGUUGGGCUUCAUAUGCACAAAACACCAACGAAUUAAGUAAAAAUGAUGUUGAUGCUCUUGUUGAUGUGAAGGGUAGUCAUGAAGAUAUAUAUGACUUCGCAGCGAAAGCUGACAUUGUUGUUUGCUGCUUAAUCUUAAACAGUGAAACGGUUGGUAUUAUAAACAAUAACUUCAUAUCUUCCAUGAAAAAGGGUGCGCUUCUGGUGAAUGUUGCAAGAGGCCGUCUUUUAGACUAUGAGGCUGUUGUCGAACACCUUGAAUCUGGUCAUUUAGGAGGGUUAGGCACCGAUGUUGCAUGGACGGAGCCAUUUGAUCCAGACGACCGGAUAUUGAAAUUUAAGAACGUUAUCAUGACACCUCAUAUUGCAGGCGUUACAGAACAUUCCUAUAGAUCCAUGGCUAAGGUUGUUGGUGAUGUGGUUCUUCAACUUCAUGACGGGCUUCCUUUGACAGGGAUUGAGUUAGUCAAUUGAAUUAGUGCAAAAGGUUCAUCAACUUCUUGAACUUUUUUCAUAGUUUAUGAUCAUUUUCAAUAGUGCAGAAACACUUUGACAUUAUAUAUAAAAUUGAGAUCAGGCAAUGGUUGUGUAUUGAGCAUUUUGAUCUCUAUUAUUGUAGUCUCUAGAACAACGAUACAUCUAAUUGAAGGCGUGUCCGGUGUCCAACACCAACACAUGAUUACACUCAAUCAAUUAAUUUUUCUCAAAUUAUUAUCA